CGAAACGUGUCCGUCCAUCCCAUUGUUGUUAUUCUUCACGCUGGCAAACCGCGCCCCCUUCCUCCUCCUGGGUUGACACCCUCCAAUCGCCCGCCUCGCCAAUCCAUCGUCAGCGCAGUUCAGUUCACGACAAAAUCUCAGGAUGCCGCCCCCUCAUCCUCCGCCAGAGGACCUCUCCGCGUACCGCCUCCCCGACGACGAGGCCCUGCGCAUCUUCAACGAGGAGAUUCUCCCCGCCGAGCUGCCCCCGCCCCCGCCCACCGACGACAACACUGCCUCUGAUGAUGGUGGCGACGACGCCCGUCCUCUGGCGCUGCUCGUCGUCGGCCAGACGGGCGCCGGCAAGACCAUUCUCUCGCAGGCCCUCCUCGCCGCCCUCCAACGCUGUCGUCGCCGCGAUGCCUCCGCCUCCGGCUCUGCCUCUGCGGGCCCCGUGGCGCACCUCAUUGCAGACACGUACAAGACGUACCACCCGCAGUACACGCGCCUCAUGCUCUCCACGCCGCACCUCGCCUCCCCCGCCACGGGGCCCGACGCCCGCCGCUGGCUCGCCCUGGCCGCGCGCCACGUCGCGCGCCGGCGCCUCGACGUGCUCCUCGAGAGCGCCUGCCGCCACCCCGACGACUUUGUCCAGCUCGCCCGCCUCUUCCGCGAAGAUACCGACGCCGACACCGACGCCGACGCCGGGCGCCACUACCGCGUCGAGGUCGUCGUGCUCGCCGUCCCAGCCCCCCUCAGCCGCCUCGGCAUCCUGCUGCGCUUCUACGAGAAGCUGCCCGAGGGCCAGUCGCGCAACCUGCCCGUGCGCCUGACCCCGCGCAAGGUCCACGACGACUCGUAUCAGGGCCUGCUGCACGCCGCCGCCUUUCUCGACGGCGACGGCGAUGGCGACGGCAACGGCGACGCUGAGAGCGGCAGCGGCAGCAGCAACCGCCCGCCACGCCGCCGCCGACCCGUCGCCGACCAGGUCCUCGUCGUCCGUCGCGGGAACCUCGUCGUCGCCCGCCGCCCCGACGCGACGGGCGUCGCCGAGGCGCUGCGCGUCGAGAGGGAGCGGCCCCUGACCCCCGCCGAGAUGAAGACGGCCCUCGACGACGUGCAGAAGCUGAGCACCCACGAGGACGCCAAGGAGCAGCUCGACGAGGUGAGGGCCAUGCUGCAGCCCCUCCUCAACGCACCAUCACCCGGCGGCGCCGCCGGCCACUUUCCAGAGCUGCUGCCCCUACAGUUUGCGACGGAUGGGGGCACCACCGACGACGGUCAGAACGUGCUCCGUCUUGGAAAAGUCUAGUAGUAGUAGCGUCUUUUUACCACAAUGGGCCUUGUUGUCCGAGCAGGAGCGCGUGAGACUGUACUUUCAAACAUGCGGCACGCACGAUCCAUGGUUAAAAGUUAUCACCGUAGUAUUUUAUCGAGCGGCAAGCCCGCCCGUGAACGAAGACUAUCCCCC